AGUAAUCGAUUCAUCAUAGAAUCAGCAAUCGGAAGAAUGCAAAACCCUGAAACCCUAAAACCCUAGCGCCACCUCCCUUUCCCCUUAGAAAAUUCGAAACCAGUUAUUUUAUGUAACUGUUGUCCAGCUUCACCUCUGCGCUUACCUCUCUACCGCUAUGAAAGGUUGAAUCACUUCAUAGAAUGCUCCCGCUGCGCCACCAUUUGCUCCGCAAUAUUCUCCAAUCCAGCGUCUUCAUGCGCAGCUCCCAUCACCUCCUCGAGAAGUUCUCAGGCGGCACGGCUAUUAUUCCCGUCUUCUCCCACCGCUUCCUCCAUUGCCACGCAAACCCAUUCGGAAACACCUCUGGGCUUAUCUUGUUCCCCCUUAAAUACUAUGGCUUUCGUUCUUAUAGACGGCUUGCCUCCUCUGGACACGUUCUUAUGGAGCCACGUGAAGGUGAGGGAGUCAUUGCCAAGAGACUCAAGAAGUUGCAUGAGAAGUUGGGGGAGUUAGGAAUUGAGUGCGAUCCCAAUCAAACUGGGCAGUAUAUGCACAAUACAUGCCCUCAGUGUGAUGGAGGAGCUUCAAAAGAGAAAAGCUUUUCUCUUUUUAUUGGUGAUGAUGGAAAGAUUGCCUUGUGGUCCUGCUUCAGGGCAAAAUGUGGUUGGAAGGGCUGUGUGAAGACUUCUGAGAACGAAGAGAAAUAUGUUGUUCUACAAGGCUGUGGUUCUGAAACUUCAGGUGAAUCCUUGAAGUGUCAGAAGCUUAGAACAAUCUCAGAAGACGAUCUUCACUUAGAGCCUUUGUGUCCAGAGCUUAUUGCCUACUUCAAUGCAAGAAGCAUAUCUGUUCAAACAUUACGUAGAAAUUUUGUAAUGCAGCGGACAAGGGGUAAUGAGAUUGUAAUUGCUUUUACUUACAGAAGGAAUAGAAAACUUGUCAGCUGCAACUAUCUUGACGUUGAGAAAAAUUAUUGGCAGGAGAAGGACACUGAAAGAAUAUUUUAUGGACUUGAUGACUUAGUACCUGAAAAUGAUCUCAUUAUUGUUGAAACUGAAUUUGAUAAGCUUUCUAUGGAAGAGGCAGGCUACCGUAAUUGUAUAAGUAUACCAAAUGGGAGAGCAGUAAAGGUGUCUGAAAAAUUGCCCAGUGAACAGGAGGAUGCAAGUUUUCAAUACCUAUGGAAAUGCAAGGAAUAUUUUGAAAAGGUGCCCCGUAUAAUACUAGCAACAAAUGCUGAUGGUCCUGGGCAAGCACUAGCUGAAGAAUUAGCUCGUCGCCUUGAUGCUGGAGGGUUAAAUGGCCAAAGAAAAGCACUACCGAGGUUUGCAAAGAUGCUAAUGAGUUCUGUCCAGGUGCUAAACAUUUUCGGAGAACAUGUGCUGAAGGAAGUUAUAGAUAAAGCGGAAAUGUUUCCCAUACGGGGUCUAUUAAACUUCAGCAACUUUUUCCCUGAUAUCACUGAUUAUUAUCAUUGUAUUCAAGGGUUUGAAUUGGGUGUCUCAACAGGUUGGAGAGCUCUGGAUGAUUUGUAUAAUAUUGUACCUGGAGAAUUAACUGUCAUAACAGGUGUUCCUAAUUCUGGCAAGAGUGAGUGGAUUGAUGCGUUAUUGUGCAAUAUCAAUGAAAGAUGUGGUUGGACAUUUGCUCUCUGUUCUAUGGAGAACAAGGUUGAAGAUCAUGCUAGAAAGCUUUUGGAAAAACAUAUUAAGAAGCCGUUCUUCAAUUUAAGAAACGGAGAAUCUGUUGAACGAAUGAGCCUUCUAGAAUUGGAAAAAGGGAAGAAGUGGCUUAAUGAUACAUUUCAUAUUAUUCGGUGUGAUGAUGAUUCCAUUCCAUCUAUUAAUUGGGUCCUUAUGCUAGCCAAAGCUGCAGUUUUAAGACAUGGGGUGCGUGGACUUGUCAUUGACCCGUAUAAUGAGCUGGAUCACCAACGUUUUUUUAAUCAGACAGAAACAGAGUAUGUUAGUCGCAUGCUUACUAUGAUCAAGAGAUUUGCCCAUCACCAUUCUUGUCAUGUCUGGUUUGUAGCUCAUCCAAGACAGCUACAAAACUGGGGAGGCAAUCCGCCAAAUCUGUAUGAUAUUAGUGGGAGUGCACAUUUCAUAAAUAAAUGUGACAAUGGCAUAGUCAUUCAUCGUGCUCGAGAUGAAAAUGGAUCCCUUAAUCGUGUGUGGGUAUCUAUAAGGAAGGUACGAAACAAAGUUAUUGGGCGCGUUGGGGAUGCUCAAUUGUCAUAUGAUCGGAUCACUGGUUUGUUCCAUGACAUUGAUAAUUCUUCCAAUUUUCUUUGCAAAUAACCAGCUUGAUAGAAGUAUUCAUUAUCUCUGAAACUUCUAUGUGCACUAUCCACCAAACCAAAAUACCGUUUUGUCCGAUUUUGACUGUCCGACUUCAGAGUUAAUGCCGAUGUAUGUAAUUUUUCUUAUAUUGAGUAGCAAUCCUUUUAGAGCAGAGGUUUCGGACGUUCAAAUUCUGACAAAAUAGCAGUUCUCCUUGACAAAUGGCAGUUGUGUAGGAUAUUGUUUUUCUUACUUCCCAAAUCUAUAGCUCUGUAAAAUUUUGUAGUAGUUGACAACUUUCAACUGAAGAUAUUUGGGCACAGAAAUAGUAUUCUGUAUGAGUCAGUUGUUCAAUUCUAAUGAUGUUUACUUUCAUA